AUGGCAACUUCAAACAAAAGUUCAUCACCAAGAAGAACAACAACUUCCUUAAACCAAUCAUCAUCAAUUCAAUCAUCAACAUCAGCAAUAACAAAUAGACAAUUAAGUCAUUUAAAUUCUCAAAUUGCUCAAUUACAAGCAAAUUUAUCUGAUUUUAAUGAUUUAUUAACUACAUCUUGUGAUCAAUAUAAAAAUAUUGAAUUAUUGGGUAAAAUACAUGCUAGUUUAUUUAUGGCUAGUAGGAAAGUAUUUGAAGAAGAAGAUGCAAUGAAUUUAAAUACUACAAAUGGUGAAUAA